AUGGACGAGCUCGUGAAACGAAGCAUUCGCGAGGUUGACGCAAAGAAGAAAGCCACCGUACCCUGGAAACUCGACGAGCCUUGGAAACAGUCGUAUCAUGUAUUUUCAGUCGAUCGGAACAACUGGGUGGCUAUAGACCCCACGACUCAAUCCACCACCCACACUUCCCCCGACGCAUCAAUUACCCGCCUAGCCUUGUACAGCUGGAACAUCGACUUCAUGCUCCCCUUUCCCAACUCUCGAAUGCGAACCGCAAUUCGCCAUCUCGAAGAAGCGCACGUGGCGAUGCUAGAUGCGCAGACAGCGAGUGUAAUCUACUUGCAAGAAUGCGUGGCAUCCGACCUCCAGCUGCUAGCAUCAGAUCCUUGGGUUCGCAGCACAUUCGCCCUCACCGAUCUCGACAUCACCAACUGGCAAUCCGGGCACUACGGCACCGUCACGCUCGUUGAUCGCCGACUCGCAAUCGCCGAUUGCUUUCGCGUGCACUACUCUCAAUCCGCAAUGGAGCGCGAUGCCUUCUUCGUCGACAUCCGGCUAGGGAAGAACCAAGACAUCGUCCGCCUGUGCAACUCCCAUCUCGAGUCCUUGGCGCUCGAGCCGGCAUAUCGGCCUCCGCAGAUGCAGCUGAUUGCCAAGUACAUGCGUGACACCUCUGUCCAUGGAGCCCUAGCGGCGGGGGACUUCAACGCCAUUCAGGACUUCGAUCGUCAUUUGCAUUCCGAUAACGGGCUGAAGGAUGCCUAUCUUGAGCUGGGAGGGCGCGAGGAGGAUGCGGAGGCUGGCCAUACGUGGGGCCAGCAGGCCGCGACGGUGUUGAGGGAGCGCUUUGGCACAACGCGAAUGGACAAGGUGUACUUCUGCGGCGGCGUGCGCUGUCUCGGGUUUGAGAGGUUCGGAGCGGGUGAGGAGAUUCCGGAUGAAAGCGAGCGGAGACAGAUUGUCGAGCUGGGAUUUGAUCGGCCGUGGGUGACGGACCAUCUUGGUGUGAAGGCCGUGUUCGAGGUUGCUCCGAGGGCGAAUUUGUGA